UGUGGAGGAAGAAAAUGGCUCACGCUGUGGACCUAUUUGACUGCUCCGUAUGUUUGGGAUUAUUGGAGGAUCCAGUGACUACUACUUGUGGACACAGCUACUGUAUGAAAUGUAUCAAUACUUUCUGGGAUACAAAACAUGACAGUAAAGAAACUUACAGCUGCCCUCAGUGCAGGCAGACUUUUAACAGAAGGCCUGUUUUGAAGAGGAACACCAUUCUGGCUAACUUGUUAGAGGAACAUAAGAAAACAACCAGACAAGGAGCUGCUCCUACCGUAGCUUCUGAUGAUAACAUCUAUGCUGCACCUGGGGAUGUGCAGUGUGACUUUUGCACAGGGAGGAAACGCAAAGCUCACAUGUUUUGUCAGGUGUGUUUAGCCUCUUACUGUGAGGCUCACCUGGAACCUCAUUUUCAGGUGCCACCGCUACAAAAGCACAAACUAGUAAAAGCUUCUACGAGGAUCAAAGAAAGCAUCUGCAGUCGUCAUGACAAACUUCAGGAGCUUUACUGCCGCACCGAUCGGCAAUUCCUGUGCCUCAUGUGUGCGGUGGAUGAACACAAAGGCCAUAACACUAUAUCCGUCACAGAAGAAAAGCAAGAGAUGCAGAGACACCUGGAAAAGACCAAAUGGGUAAUCACAGACAGAGUGCUGGCUUCAGAGGCCAAAAUGGAAAAGCUGAUGGAAGCUGCAGGCUCUAUAAGAGACGCUGCCUGGGAGGUGUGUGAUGACUUUGAGCGGGUCUGUGAGGAACGUAUCCUGCUGUACACCCACUUCCUGAGGAAGAAGUGCUCUGAGAUGAGAGAGAAAGUUGGAGAGGCUGAGAAAGCUGGAGUGGACUGGACCGAACACCACCUCGGGCAGCUGAAGCGUGAAGUGUCUGAGUUAAGGAGGAGAGAGAGUAAAAUCUGUCAGCUUUCACAAACAGAGGAUCCCAUUCAG